AUCGAUUAUUAUUAUUAUUUAAAUUGUGGGAGGGGCCAUGUGUAAACAGAUGUUUUUACUAACCUCGUUACGUUCGAACAACAAUUAAUGACUUAUUAAUAAAUGUUCUUGGUCUUUUAAUGUUGAAUAUUUUUAGACUGAAAUAUACAAAUUCAAUUUAACUAACUUGAAAAUUUUAUAUGAAUUUAUUAAAAGUAAAUUGUUUUAUACACAUUUAAUUAUGAGAAAGUUUUUCUCUUUUGUAAUUCUCUUGUUUACAUUGUGUAACUUUAUUAAUGCAAAUGACAGAUUUUAUAAGUUAACAGCAAUAGAUACAAAUGGUAAUGAAGUACAGUUUGAAGAGUUUAGAGGAAAGGUAGUACUGAUUGUUAAUGUAGCAACUUACUGUGGAUUUACCAAAGAUCAUUAUACUGAAUUAGUGAAAUUGCAAAAUAUUUUAGGUUAUAAGAAAAAUUUAAUAAUUUUAGCCUUUCCUUGUAAUCAAUUUGGACAACAAGAGCCAGAUUCAGAUAAAGAAAUUAAUGAAUUUGUACAAACUGUUUACAAAAUAAAUUUUCUUUUGUUUAAGAAAAUUGAUGUAAUAGGAGAAAAUAUUCAUCCAGUCUUUCAAUUUUUAUUUGAGGAAUCUGGGAAACAACCAAACUGGAAUUUCUGGAAAUACUUAAUUGAUCAUUCUGGAAAUUUUCUAAAUGCUUGGAGCCCUUUUACAUCAGUAUCAGCUAUAUUUGAAGAUGUAAAAUCAGCUGUUGAGAAAGCAGAUCAUCAUGCAAUACCCUUAAAAGAAUUAUAAAUUCAAAAUUUAUAAACAAUUUAAACUUAAAUGUAUAAAAUACCUUUUGAGCUACUAUGCGUUAUUGAAUUAUAUAUAACAUUUACUUGAGAUUCCUUACAUUUAUAUCUUACAUAUAUGUAUUAUAAAUAUGAAUUUGAAAAUAAGAUUGUU